UAUUACCUCCCAACCACCGAACAGCUCGAUACAGCCGUGCCUCAACUGUGUACGAUUCGGCAUUCUUCCCACCCUCUCUUUUUCCGAUCCACGUCUUGAAUCCAAUUACCAAGAUCGCAAGCAGUAAUCGACCAAGUUUUCCAUUGCAAGGUUUUGUAUACACUGAAAUACAAUUCAUUGAAGAUAAAAGUUAUAUGGUACCCACGUUAAAGGAGAAAUAAAAAGACUUAUUUAAUAACUCUUCAAGUGCAAAAUGGAGAAGAAAAGGAAGAUUUUGGAGCAGAGAGAGAGGCUGGACGAAACUCUAGCUUUGCCUGACCUUGCAAAUGAAGAGUAUAUCAAGUCGCUCGUCAAGAAUCAACUUCUGAAGUCAUCCUUAUCUCACUUUGAAGCAGGAAACAUCGAACAAAUUAUAGAAAAGCGUACAAUGGAAGUUUCUAAUUUUGUUGAGAUGCUACGGAGUGCCUCUGAAGAUGAAAGGAAGGCUAAAGCACAUGGGACAUCACAUAAUGAUUGGAAGGUAAAACAAGACACAGACCAGCUCCGGGUCAUGUAUCGGGAAGGCCCCCAUGGAACUCCAUUUCAUACUCUACUUGCCGAGGGAUAUGCUGAUGGACCUAUUGAUGUCUGUUUAUGUGUUUCAUGGGAGACAACCCUCUAUAAUAAAUGGUGGCCUCAAUACAACCUGCCAACUUUUAAGAUUAUUAUGUCCACCUGCUUGCAGAAAGUUCAAAUAGGUGAAGAGAUCUCUUUAGUAAGGGUGAAAGUUCCUUGGCCAGUUUCAGAUAGGGAGGCACUUCUUCAUUACUUUGAGAUCGAAUACCUAAACGAGGAUCUCAUCCUUGUACUUAUUAACACGAUUUCAGACUCAGAGAAGAUAGAGGUUAGCACUGACGACUUCAACAGGAAUGAAGUUCCCAAAGCUAUCCGUAUAGAUUUGGUCGGUGGUUUUGUCUUGCAAAAAGUUGAUCAUAGCAGAUGUUAUUUCAGGGCAAUAACAAAUAUGGAUAUCAAGCUGGAUUUCGUGCCUCCAUCCCUUAUCAAUUUCAUUUCAAGGCAGCUAAUCGGCAAUGGGCAUAAGCUAUAUCAAAAAGCAGUUGGUACAGUGGCAACCACUGACCAGGAUUACCGAAAAGCUUUAGAAGGGCCUAUGUAUGCUAGAAUUCGUGAAGGAAUGAAUACCAAACACAAGACCAAAACUGAUGUAGUUGGCUUGGAUGAGGAAAAAUAUGAAGGUCCUCUCCCCAAGGAACACAUCGGUGAAACUGCAACUGAAAUUCAAUCAAUUAUAGACAGCAGAUAUGUCAGUGAAAUUGUGGAAGAGGAGACAGAACACAGCACACUCUCAAGUACUAAACAGCAAGAUCUCAUCACAAAAAGAGUUUAUAUCAGCCCAGAGGUGGAAGUUGCUCUGGGCAUCUUGGACAAUGCCAUUUCUAUACUUCGUAAGAAAGGUUCACCGAACAACCAAUUGGACUGCUUGUCAGUUGAUGAAGGGUUGCCCACUUAUGAAGCAGCUCUAGAGGCUUCUGAGACCAAAUCAUCCACUAGAAAUUCCAGUGAUAACACAAAGACAUCUGCAUUCGGAAAUAAGCUCACAGUUUUGGGCCCAGAGACAACUGAUUCAAGUUCUUCCCAUAUUAAGCCGACACAAAGUGCUAUUAGUAUGACAAAGCCUCCAUUGUUAGAGAGCAUGAACAAGGUCUGCGAUGAAGAGACCCUCGAGGCCAAUGGUUUUCAUGACAAAAGCCUUAAAAGUGGCAAGUCAAAGCACUCUAGGAAGAAGUGGUUUUGUUGCUCGAUUCGCUAAUGAAUACUUGCAACAAUAUAAUUUUAGUGGAGUUGCUCUUGCUCUUUGAUACACGUGACACAUUUUGGGUACAGAGAACACAAUGAAUGUUAAGAAAAAUUCCAGAGAAUAACUUCUGAUCCAUUUUGCACAUGAAAGAAGAUACUGUGUUCUUUUGUUACAUGGCUCACCGAGAGCCGAAGAUGGUAAUGUCUAUUUUCACAAAUGCGAAUGUAUCAGUAGUAGAUAUACGAUGCUAAUGAAAGCUGCAAACUUAUUUAUAAUGCUUCAAAAUUGCUUAUUAUGUGUUUGUAAGAAUGAAAUGAGAGUUUAU